AUGGGCCUUUAUGCGGUUACGGCGGUCGUGGACGUGGCACCGGUCGUGGACGCGGCCGUGACGGCGAUCGCGGCCAGGGAUCCGGUGGUCGCGGCCAGGGAUCCGGUGGUCGCGGCGAUCAGCGAGACCCAAGGAGCCGUGGAGCAGGCAGCGCCGGCUCCGGCUCCGGCUCCGGCUCCGACGCAAUGGGGUCCAGCUCGCGGAGGCGGUACGGUCGUCUCCGGAAGAGGCGCGUGGGCUCGUAAGCCGCAAGUCAUUUCCGACUCAGCUCCAUCUCCUCCGUCUCCGGCCGUGAUGCAAUCCACGAGAGCUCCGAUUCAUGAACCGGUGGCUGCUUCUGAACUUUCAAAGACUCUGUCAUCAUUAGCAAUUGCUUCCUCUUCUUCUGCUGCUGCUUCUUCUUCCAAAGGAGAGAAUGUUGGCAGGAAGGAACCAAUGAAGCGUCCUGAUAAAGGCGGUGUCGUGGCUGUUCGGCGUGUAAACCUUCUUGUCAACCAUUUCCUUGUGAGGUUCAAUCCCGAAAGUGUUAUACUGCAAUACGAUGUUGACAUCAAAGCCGACGCUCCCGCCAAGAACGGUCGUGAAGUUAAAAUAUCGAAGUUCGAUCGGGCUAUGAUCAGAGACAAGUUAUCUGCAGUCAAUCCCAAGGAGUUUCCUCUGGCCAUGACGGGUUACGAUGGUGAAAAGAACAUCUUCAGUGCAGUUCCGUUACCGUGCGGGACCUUCAAGGUAGACAUGGAAGGCGAAGACUUGAGGUGUCGUAGCUAUACGUUCACCAUCAAGCCAGUGAACAAGCUUAAGCUCCGUGAACUGAAAGAAUUCAUGACAGGAGUCUCCUCUUUCGUUCCCCGUGACGUGUUGCAAGGGAUGGAAGUCGUGAUGAAGGAGAAUUCAUCGAGGCGUAUGAUUACUGUGGGUAAGAGCUUUUAUUCACGCGAGACCGAACCCGAUGAAGAGUUCGGGAAUGGGAUUGUAGCUUCGAAAGGGUAUCGACACAAUCUGAAGACCACUGUUCAAGGUCUGGCCGUGUGUUUAGACUACUCCGUGCUAGCCCUCCGCAAGACUAUCCCCGUCAUCGACUAUCUGAACGAGUUCUUUGGCGGGUUUGAUUUCCGCCAGUUUAAGAGAUACAGACGUGAUGUGGAAGAUGCAUUGAACGGGUUGAAAGUAUCUGUCACGCAUCGGAAAACCAAGCAGAAAUUCACCAUUGCAAAGCUGAGCGAACAAGAUGCGAAAGACAUACGGUUUGAUCUUAUAGAUCAAGAGGGUAAGGAGCCGCCGAGAAAAAUAUCUAUCGUCGAGUAUUUCAAGAUUAAAUACGGUAAGGACAUUGUUCAUAAGGAUAUUCCGUGUUUGGAUCUCGGAAAGAACAAUCGGCAGAAUCUUGUGCCCAUGGAAUUAUGCGUCUUGAUCGAGGGCCAGAUUUACCCGAAAGAAGAACUGGAUCGGGAUUCAGCCUUGUGGCUGAAAAAACUAUCACUAGUGAAUCCUCAAAAACGGCAGGAAAAUAUAUUGAAGAUGAUACAUUCGGCUGAUGGACCCAGUAGCGGGGAUGUGCUCCAAAACUUUGGUUUGAAAGUGGACAGGAACAUGACUUCGGUCGAAGGUCGUGUUCGCAAGGCUCCGACGCUGAAAUUGGGUGACAAGGGCAGAGUUGUCCCCGUGGAACCCGAGCCGAAACAAAACCAGUGGAACCUUAUGAACCGAGGAGUCACGAGAGGGGCGACAGUCAAAUACUGGGGUGUUUUGGACUUCACAGCUUCCGAGAGACAGAACAGGCUGCCCAAUUCCUUUAUCGGACAGCUUAUAGAGCGAUGUCGGGGACUGGGUAUGAAGAUGGAGGCGCCUGUUUUGUGCGAAAGAGCCGAGAUGAGGUCAUUUUCCAAUGCAAAUGCACUCGAAGAAUUGCUCCGAUACAGCGUUGAUAAGGUUCAUAGUGAGCAUAACGGAGCCCGUCUCCAACUACUUCUGUGCCCGAUGACCCGGAGGGACGACGGGUACAAGUCUCUCAAGUGGAUCGCGGAAACCAAACUCGGUUUGGUGACUCAGUGUUUCUUGACAGGACCUGCCAUGAAAGGUGGCGAUCAGUACCGCGCGAAUCUCGCCCUUAAGAUCAAUGCCAAGCUCGGGGGAAGCAAUGUCGAGCUGAUGGAUAGUUUCCCGUUCUUUAGCGGGGAUGAUCAUGUGAUGUUCAUCGGUGCUGAUGUUAAUCACCCGGCUGCAAGGGACACGAUGAGUCCGUCGAUUGUUGCCGUUGUCGGGACCGUUAACUGGCCUGGCGCGAACCGUUACGCGGCUAGAAUCCAAGCUCAAGUCCACCGUAAAGAAGAGAUUCAGGGAUUUGGAGAAAUCUGCUUGGAGCUCGUCAGAAAUCACGCUCAGAUCAGCGGGAAAUAUCCGAACAAGAUCGUGAUAUUCCGGGAUGGUGUCAGCGACGGUCAGUUCGAUAUGGUUCUGAACACCGAGUUAUUGGACGUUAAGCUCGCCUUCGAGAAGAAAGGUUACAAACCGAGGAUCACGCUCGUCGUGGCUCAGAAACGUCAUCAAACCCGAUUCUUCCCGAGGUCGAGGCAGGAUGGGGGUAUGACGGGUAACGUACCAUCCGGCACCAUCGUCGACACCAAGAUCAUCCACCCGUUCGAAUACGACUUCUACAUAUGCAGUCACCACGGCGGGAUGGGAACGAGCAAACCGACACACUACUACGUCCUAUGGGAUGAGAUCGGGUUUUCGUCCGACGACAUCCAGAAGCUGAUAUUCGAGAUGUGCUUCACGUUCUCCCGGUGCACGAAGCCCGUAUCUCUCGUCCCGCCCGUCUAUUACGCGGAUAUCGUUGCUUACAGAGGGAGGAUGUAUCACGAGGCGAUAUCGGCGCAAGGACAGCAAUCCCGACAGCGGUCGAGGGGCGCUCCUCCGUCGUCCUCGCCGCCGAUGGAAGCGUUCUACAAGCUGCAUUCCGACAUGGAGAACGUCAUGUUCUUCGUCUGAACAUUUUUAGUUUGGUUUUUGGGUGGAUGAGCUCUCAAGGAAAACAUUUUGAUCGAAACGCCAUCUUUACUCCUUUUCCUGGUGGAAGGAGUUUGUGCGUGAAUCUAAAAUGGUUUCGCCUUCGUCUGUUUUUUUUUUUUUUUUGUGUUCGUCUUUUGUUGGUUGUUCGGACAAAAAUAUCAUUUGCUGAUGUCGUUGUUUAUGUUUUUUUUUUCUUUGGUUAUGUAAUCCAAACUUCUCGUGUGUUUAUUU